AUGCCUCGCUCGGACCGUCAAGCCGAGGGUUACCGCGUUUUCAUCGGUGGAGUUGAUCCACGAGUUGGGAAAGUUGAGCUUGAACGUGAAUUUGACCGAUUCGGAACUAUUACUGAUGUGUGGGUUGCUCGUAACCCCCCAGGUUUCGCUUUCAUUGUUUACAAACACCUGGAAGAUGCUGAACGUGCUAUACGGAGAAUGCAUAGAAGUAGUCCAUUUGGGUCUAGGUUGAGAGUUGAACAUGCUGCCAAUUCUAUCAAGCACGAACUUGAUGGUUAUCAUGGGUCCUCAAGUCGUGGUCGUAGACGCAGAAGUCCUUCGUCAAGGGGUCGUCGUCGGUCACCACGUCGUCGAUCGAUAAGUCGCCGUGAUCGAAGUGGUAGUCGUCGAAGGUAUAGGCGAUCGAGUUCGCGAUAUCGUAGGCGUUCAUGGCGUCGUCGCUCCCGUUCAGGUUCUAUUUCUCGUAGGUCCGAUAGUAACGCCAACUCUCGUGGAAACUCCCGUAAACGUUCUCGUGAUCGUUCUAAGUCUGCUAGCCGCCGCUCUGAUUCUCGUUGUUCCCGGUCCAAUGUUUCUAGAGAUCGUUCUGUUUCUCGCGAUGCGUCAACUAGAAAACGAGCCCGUGUUUCACGGUCAAGAAGCGAGUCCGAGCCUCGUCGGUCAAUUUCAAGGGAUUCGCCUCCUAGAAGGUCACGCUCGAGUUCUCGCUCAGCAUCUGGUGCGAGUUCUCGUAGACGAUCUGGAAGUCCUGCUAAUCGAAAUGGCUCUCAUGAAAAUGGUUCGAAGCGCAGUGGCAGUCGCCAUUCUCAAUCUCGUUCCCCCUCUGGGUCAAGGUCACCCAGUCCUCGUGUUGGAGCUCAUACACCUUCGCGCUCUGGGUCUAAUUCUCCACAACCCGAAGACUCAUCUGAUGGUGAAAGAGACGGUAGCGGUUAA